AUGCUGACCUCUCAGGUUUCAGACACAGACGAGGCUCUGUUUGCUGAGAGGAAACCCCUCUGCAGGCUGGUGGGACUCAGCCGUAUAACAGUGACUAAGGAAUCCAUCCAGCAGAGCCCUGGUUUAAUAGUGGAGAGGGGUCACUCUGCUCAGAUGCGCUGCACUCACACCCUGCCUGGCACUUUCUAUCACACAUACUGGUUCCAGCAGUUACCAGGGAAGUCUAUGAAGCUUAUUGUCCACACUGUGCCGUAUGAGCAGCCUGACUUUGGAACCUAUAGCCAGGACAAAUUCUCAGCCAACAAGACUGAAACUUAUAGCGGAUCGUUCACAGUGAAAAAUGUUCAACCAGGUAUAACAGUAACUAAGGAAUCCAUCCAGCAGAGCCCUGGUUUAAUAGUGGAGAGGGGUCACUCUGCUCAGAUGCGCUGCACUCACACCCUGCAUGGCACUUUCUAUCACAUGUACUGGUUCCAGCAGUUAGCAGGGAAGUCUAUGAAGCUUAUUGUCCACACUGUGCCGUACGAGCAGCCUGACUUUGGAACCUAUAGCCAGGACAAAUUCUCAGCCAACAAGACUGAAAGUCAGAGCGGGUCGUUCACAGUGAAAAAUGUUCAACCAGGUGACAGCGGAGUGUAUCUCUGUGCUGUCGCUGUCAGUGAGGCACGCCCUGCUUAUUUCGGCCAAGGCACAAAACUGACUGUUCUUGAUUCAAACCGUACUAUCACCCCGCCAACAGUGAAGCUACUUCGACCUUCACAGAAUGAGUGUCAAAACAAAAAAGACAAGAUAAACAAGAAGACAUUGGUCUGUGUGGCCUCUGGUUUCUACCCGGACCAUGUGAGUGUGUUCUGGCAGGUUGACGGGGUGAAUGUCACGGAUGGCGUGGCGACCGACCAUGCCGCCCUGUGGGAAGGGGAACAUUACAGCAUCACCAGCAGGCUGAGGGUCCGGCUCAGUGAGUGGUUUACACCAGACAAGAAGUUCACCUGCACCGUCAGCUUCUUCACUGGGAAAGAGACUGUGCACCGCUCAGACUGGAUCCUAGGCGUUCAAGGCCCAGGAGCUGCAGCGAUAAGAGGGAAAUAUUUGAGAGUCACGAACACAGCCAAGCUCUAUUACAUUGUUUUGAUCGUCAAGAGCUGCAUCUUCGGGAUCUUUGUGGUGUUUCUGGUGUCGAGGCGUCAGGUUUCAACUGUAAAACAGAGCGACUGACAGCUGAGCUGCACAUACCAGCUGAUUCUCCUGAUUUCUGUUCAUAAACAUCAAAAGUAGCGCAUUUACUUUCAGUUAUAUUUUUCAUAAAUUACAUCAACUUGCUUGACUCAAAGGAUCUGAUAUCUAUGAAUGAUUGAUACUUCAUUAUGCUGCAUGUUUGUCUAAAUGCUGUUUUAUGCUGAAUUAUUUUCUGAAUAAAA